AUCAUUAGAGCUGAGCUUGAGCCCAGCCUGGACAUUUCGGCACUCGGGAGCUUAGCAGGACGAAGGAGGUUCUGUCUGGCUGCGUCCGAACCUGUGGAACUUCGGCCUGCUUGCUUUGUCUCCUCCGUCUCGCUGGGCUCCAUCACCCUCUGGUCUUCCUGACCAGGGACUGAGGCUGGAGUGGAGAAGAGCCGAACUGAACCGUCUGCUUCUCCCUCGUCCGACUGCACGACGACUCAGGCCGGCAGGCUCCAGCUUUUCCAGCCCUUUGCCUCUGGAUACGGGCUAAAGGAGGACAAAGAGAAGGGACGGGCUGUUUGGAUCGCGUCGAGAUGGCCCUGUGGUGCUUCGCCAUGCUGCUUCUCAUCCCUGGCCCUGCAGCCACGGCCACAAGUGUAUUGAAUUCCUUGGGAUGUGUUCCGGAGCCCAUCCGCAAAGACCAGGCAGUCAGGGUCUUCUACACAACUAGUGUGGUGCCCAGUGGUUGUGAGGCCCAUGGUCCAAUUGAGCCUGACCUCGAGGUCCAUGUUCUGAAUCUGAGAUACAGCAGACCCCAGAUGGCCACGCUCCAGCUCAACGUGUCUUCAGGGGCAGCCCAAGGCAAGUGCAAAGCCAUUUUCGUUCUGAACGCCAACAGCAGUUUCGUUCUGACAAUCCAUUCUGACGAAGAUUGCCGCCUCCACGUCAUUCACGGUCCUCGUAGCUACGUCAUGCCUUCCCGUCAUAACUCCACCGCAACCGUCCUGCCUUUCUCCAGCGAGCAACUUUUGACUUGGGCCAAGGAAACGUACGGAGGCGUCUCUUCCUUUGCGGAGUUAGAAGAUCCUCAAUGGAUUCUCUUCCGAGUAGGGAGAGAGCCCAGCGCAAGCGAAGAUUGCAUCUUGGCGCAGAAUUUCAACGCCGAGUCCUAUCUAGAGGUAGAAGUCCUUUCCCACAAGGUGGAGAUCUGCUUGGAUUCCCACAAAGCAUCUGGAAACGUGGCUCACAUCCUGUGGCUGCAACAGAGUCCAUCAGACGAGAGGAUGCAAACGGUGGAGCUGAACAUCAAAACUGUUUGCAAGGAUGGCCGUUCGGAGCAAAAAGCAGAGCUGCCCAUGGCUUUGUGGCUGAAGAGCCACCAAAACACGCUGUGGAAAAUGGGCCACGGGUUCUCAUUUGUGCAACUGUUGGCAUCUGGUAAAUAUUCAUUUGCUACCUUCUCUGGGGUGCACAAUGGUACGACGCUUCCCGACAACAAGGAGGAACUGAUACAAAAGGCCCGCAACAAUUCCUUCAUGACUUCUUACACCGAAAUCCCCUCAGCCAAAAGCAUCAGCCUGGAAUAUAAGAGGAUUUGCGGCUCAGCCAUAGUCACAAUCACCCCACCCCCCCAGACAGCAGAAAACCUGACUGUCAAGGUCCACCAGCUCAUCAACCUUUGCAAGCCCUGGAAGUGCUUGGAUAGCAGCAUUGAAAUUGCUCUCCUCAAGAUGUAUCUGACGGUGUUACCUACCCGGGUCGAUGCCGUCACCUUGAAAGAUCCCAGUUGCAGGGCCAGAGACAACACAACCCAUUUUGUCCUCAACAGCAUCCUGGACAAAUGUUCCACCCAACUUGAAGGGGGUGUCCAUGUGAAAAACCAGCUCAUCCUAACUCUACCAGUGUCACCGGGGAAAGUCACGGUGCCCUUUGAAUGUGACCUACCAGAGAAAGUGUCUCUCCAGCUUUACAACUCGGAGGAUUUCAACUUGCCGAGCAAUCCGGUGAUACAAGCUCACCAAGUCACCUACGUGGAGGUCUCACUCCGAACAGCCAUGAAGCAGUUUUCUCUAGAAAUGGAAGACUGUUUCUUAAAACCCCGAGACAGCCCGCCUCAGUUGUUCUUCCACCAAGGGCUCUCUCUGAGCUACUCGGUGGAGACCCUGAAAUCCCCCAGCCCGAAGACCCAACGCUUCAGCUUCACCUACAAGCCAGAGGAAGAACUGUGGUCCAUCGAUUCGGCCACCUUGGUUUGCGUGGUCCAUCUGAACACCUCGAGCGACAAACGCCGAAGCUACGAAGGCUCUUUAGAAGUGAUGCUCAAAAACUACAAUCCUGGAUCCCACAACCAAGGUUUGAGGAUCAGCACCGUGCUGGGCAUCGCCUUUGGCGCUUUCUUGAUCGGAGUCCUGCUCACUGGGGCGUUGUGGUUCAUCUAUUCUCACACUCGUCCGAUCGCCAAAACCCAGCCAGCCUUGGCAAACGCACCUGCGUCGGAGAGCAGCAGCACCAACCACAGUUUGGGCAGCACCCAGAGCACCCCCUGUUCCACCAGCAGCAUGGCAUAGCACCCCCAAAACGGGGAGCCACCAGCUUAGAGGGAAAGCACCAGGACUGCAAAGCCGUUGGGUUCCAAGGUUGGCGAAGAAGGUUCCGCUUCAACCCAACUGACUUCUGUUCUUCUCCUUCAUACGUCGAAAUGUUGGGUGUCUCCAGCCAGCAACUUCAACGGCUACUUCUUGGAAACUAUUGGAUUUCCUGAGGGGCACCCACCCCCCUUAAUCUGGGACUAGAAUUGUGUUCCAUUUCAUUGUGGCCAAGGUCUUCAAGGAUGGACUGUUGGAGUACUAGACUCUUCUCCUGUUAGGUACCAGCUAGAGAGUGGGAGAGCGUCUAUACAUCGUUGCCGAUUUGUUAACCACAGGAGCAGCUAACCUCGCUUUUGAAAGAAACCAGGAUGAACUAGGCUUGUAGAGGUUUGCUUUGUCUCCUGGCUAAAAACCCUGGAGACAAAAAAUAUUAUCUGAAUCGAGAAUCCCGCAGGAUUGACAAGUGUUAGCUUCUCGUGGGUCUGUCCUCCCGUUGUCAAGGCCCAACUUUGCUCGUAGGGUGGUGGGCAAGGCUUUGGGCCAUCCCUUACAGAGGUCUUCUGUGGGUCAUCAAACCCAGAUCAUUCCAGGAAUUUUGGUUCCCCUUUCUGCUGGGUUUGAAUUCGGUUUUCCUAGCGGGAUGCUCCAGGGUUGCCCCAAACUCCGAUUCCCAUCAACUUUCAAGAGCGAACAAGCUGGGGAUCAUGGGAGUGAGUGCCCACUUGAAAAGCACCAGCUUCUUAAGAGAAUAGCGAAGGCCCCUCUUAAAAUUGGCUUCACAGCAAGCUUUCAAGAUAGAAGCAGCAGGAGUCUGAGCAGGGGGGGUUAGACUAGAAGACCUCCAAGGUCCCUUCCGUCAUCCUGUUAAGUCAAAGAGUUAAUUCAGGAGGGGGACCCCAUUUUCUGUGUGUUUUGCAGCCCCCAGGUUAACUGCAAAUCACAAUUCUGUAUAUUUGGCCCUCCAAAAUUAACACCAAUUAUACUCACUUCAGCCGGUUGUGUGCAAAUAGCUAAUAGACUUUAGCAUCUUCCUCAUUGUAAAAGGACUUGGGGCGGCCUCAGUUCUGAAAAAAAAAAUAUAAUUGUUAUGUAUAUAAAUAACUAAAUGUAGAAUAUAUUUUGUAAACUGCAUACAGGGAAAUAAUACACCUACUCACCAUU